AUGGACACUAAGCUGUGUCUGUUUCUGUUUCUCGGUGCAUAUGUCUUUGCUGUAGCUUUUGCUGAGGUCACAGAGGAAGACAACGGAGAAGGACAACUGUCCAUAUGCCCAUUGGCUGCACGGUUCAAGAACCUAAGAAAAUAUGUUUAUCAGUAUACUGCAGAAAGCAGAAACGGGGUGGCGGGUACAGCUAACCUCAGGAAUGGGCCAAAGAUCACCUGUAAGGUUGAACUGGAUGUCCCACAAAUGUGUAGCUUUGUUCUUCACACAACAGAAUGUACCCUGAACGAGGUGUCUGUCAUUGACGCACAGGGUCAACCUGUAUACAGGCAGGCUGCUGGAGCCGAGGCCUUUCAGGUUGCCAUGGAGAAGAACUCUCUGAAUUUUGUGGUCGAACAGGUAACCAACGUCUAUAUUUACCCAGAGAAGGAUGAGCCAGAAAAUAUUUUGAACAUCAAAAGAGGAAUCAUCUCUGCUCUUCUCGUGCCAGUCAUGGAGGAACAGAACAAUGAUAAAAUGAGUACAAUUCAUGGCAUUUGCAAGAGUGAUCUCACCGUCAACGCAAGGAAGGACAUUGACACAGACGUCACGGUGGUCAGAGACCUGUCAGACUGCAGCCAUUUCUCACCUCACAAUCUCCCCACCAGCCCUCUUUCUCUCUUACCUGGCCUGAAUGGACUUAUUUCCAAGUUAAUCAGAAGCACUCAGACUUGCAACUAUCAGUUUGACAACCGGAGAAAGCACAUGACUGAGGCUCAGUGCACAGAGAAGCAUCUGUUUAUCCCGUUUUCUCACGAGGGGCAGUAUGGAAUCUCCUCAGAAGUGAACCAGAUUCUGUCUUUGCGAGAUUCAGUAAAAAUCAACAACCGAUAUUUCAACAAAGAUGACACCCUGGAAAGAAAGCUCUUUUUGGAGGAAGUGGAGGACAAACUUCCCAUCCAAUCAAAAGAUGAUGCGCUCGCCACACUGAACGAGUUAAACGCACUGACCAGCUCAGGAAAGAGUCAGCAGAGGGCCAGCCUCUUCCAUAAACUGGUGUCUGAGGUCCGCGGCUUAAAAAACGAGACGCUGUCUGGAGCGGUCGACGAGAUGAUGAAGGUCUCACAGUGGCUCACAUGGCAGGCGCUCUUCCAGUGUGGAACCGAUGAAUGCACCAGUGCCAUCUUGCAGAUCCUCAGAACGUUUGAUGAGGCGGCUAAAGAGGUUGACGCCAUGGUGUACGCUUUGGGUCUUUUGCCAAAGGCCAGCCCUCAGCGGGUGAGAGAUGUGUUGAGUAUGGCCCAGAACAAGCCAAGCAAGGCCAUCAUGUAUGCUCUUGCCAACACAGUGAAACGACUUCCUCGAGACCAAGCAGCAACAACAAAUGAAGUGAAGGAGGUGGCUGAUUUCAUGGAGUUCAUGCUUGGUGAUUGCUCAGGAGACGAAGACAGCACUUUUCUCACUUUAAGGGUUAUUGGUGUUAUGGGCAAGUACGUAGAGGGAUUUCCAUCUCUGAAGACUUCUCUUUUGAACUGCAUAAGCCAGACCUAUGCAUCACUUCCUGUACAAAAAGCAGCUAUUCAUGCUUUCAGGCUCAUGGAAGUGGACUCGGAUGUGAGACGUGUCCUUAUACAACAGUAUGAGAAUCAACAGGCACCUGUUCAAAAACGCAUUGCUGCAUAUCUCGUGCUAAUGAGAAACCCUGAGGUAGCAAACAGGGUUCUGAGGACACUUAAGACUGAGCCAAAUGAGCAGGUUAAGAGCUUUGUCUCCUCUCAUAUCACCAACAUACUGGAGUCAGAAAGUCCAAAUUUGAGCACAGCUAAAGACUACAUUCUUAAAGCCUUAAAGGGAGAUGUAAAUGUUAACCCUUUGGACUCCACAAAGUUCUCACAGAAUUACAAAAUUGGUCUUCCGAGGGCUGGCUCAAUAGAAAGCAACAUGGUUUUCGACUCUUCAAAUUAUCUCCCCAGAGAGGUCAUGUUAGCCACCACUCUUGACAAUUUCAACACAGAAAUAGUAGAGAUUGGUGUUGAAGGUGAGGGCUUUGAGCCGGCCAUUGAGGUUCUCUUUGGUGAAAAUGGUUUCUUCCCUGAUGCCAUCUCAAAAGCAAUGUACUGGGUGAAUGAGAAGAUUCCUCAUCCGGUGAAACAUGUUUUGGAUAAAUGGGUUUCUCCCAUGAGAGGUCAAAAGAUGAAAAGACAGGUUCCUCAGAAUAUCAUGAGGAGUAUUGAAGAUUACUUUUCUGAGUUUUAUAAACGUCUUGAAGAGAUUGAAGAAGCCCCUAAUGCCAUGGCCUACCUUCGGAUUUUGGGAACAGAACUGGGAUACAUAAAAACCAAUGAGCUUACUCACAUCAUUCAGAAUAUUAACGCAUACACAGACAUGUUCAAGUCGGUGCCUUUGAAUUCGAUAAAAAAGUUAACAUCUAGUUUAGACAAUGAAGUUUUUGUCCACUACAUGUUCUUGGACAAAGCAUUUACGCUACCUACAAGUGCUGGAUUUCCACUGAAGUUUUCUCUCUCUGGUGUUCUGGCAUCUGGAGCAAAAGGAGGCCUGACCAUUGAUCGUCAGAUGCAACAGCUUUCAUUCAUGCCAUCUGUGGGGGUGGAGUUUAUUACCCAAAUGGGCGUUUAUAUCCCGGAGUUUGUUGCAGCUGCAAUUGAAGCACACACAAGCGUGUACCAUGAAAGUGCUUUGAAUGCCAAGAUCACCAUGAGUAACAAUCAAAUAAAGCUCUCCAUCCCUGCACCAGAGGGAAACAUCCAGCUCUUCAGCAUCAGCAACAAGUUGCUCUCUGUGACGUCCACUCAGACUAAAAUUGUUCCCUCUAUGGUCGAGGACAGGACUGAUUCUACAGAGUGUAAUCCUGUUUUUCCUGGCAUGAACUUUUGCACUAUUUUGCGGUACUCAAAUGCCAGUUCUACUAAUAAUGCCCCAUACUAUCCGCUCACGGGAGAAACAAGGGUUGCAUUUGAACUUCAACCUACCAGAGAAGUACCUGAGUAUACGGCAACCGUUUCCUAUGAAUUGUUGAGGGAGGGCAAAGAAGGCCGUCAUAAAGUCAACUCUGUGAAGAUCGUUCUGAGGGCUGAGGGUGAUGAACCAACUGAGGCCACAGCGGUAGUGAAAUACAACCGCAAUAAGAAUAUUGUCAGCACUGACCUUCAUAUCCCUGAUUAUGACCUUGAAGCAGGCAUGAAGUUUGCAGUAACAGAUACCACCGGUAAAGGAAAAAAGAUGCGUGGCAUUACAAUCGAUGUCACUAACCGAAACAUCCCCCAACUUUCCAUAACUGGACGUGCCAGGAUGGAGUCUAUGAAGGACGGUCUGCUUGAGCUUCAGAUGACAAUACCUGCAAUUCAGAUGGAAACCUCUCUAACAGCCUCUCUAAAAAACACCAACGGCCUCAUCCUACAACUCGAAACAGCCUUAAACAUGCCAGAGACCACAUCUGUGCAGAAGGCCAUCCUCAGAUACGAUAAUAACAAGGUUGAACUUGAGAUGAAGUCAGAUUCAAACACUGAGGUUGAGAAACUUUUCCCUAAUAUGGAGGUUUAUCGUAGCCAGCUGCAGGCGAAUAUUGAUGCCAUGCUUGACCAGAAAGUCACCAAGACUGAUAUGAAGCUUCGUCACAUUGUUUCUAAAGGGUUAGAGGCAGUGAAUAUUUGGCUGGAUAAAUUCUCGUCAGGUAGUUCAUUUGUAAAGAUUGAGAGAAGCAAGAGAAGCACUCUAGAGCUCACCCUUCCAUCUUUACCUGAACAAUUAUAUUUUACAUUUGAUGCUUUGAUGAGAUACCAGUUCAACAAAGGCAGAAUCCCCAUCUCACUUCCCAUUCUCCUGGGAGGAAAAUCAUCUUCUGAACUGAACAUCCCUCCCACCAUCACACUCCCACGUAUUCAGAUUCCCCUCAUUGGACUGGAGAUUCCUCAGAACAAUUAUAAGAUUCCAUCAUUCACAAUUCCCCGGAGUUUAGACUUCUCGCUACCUAUGUUGGGGUUAGCAGAAGUGUCUACUAAGAUGAAGAGCAACUUGUAUGACUGGGAGGGCUCCAUCACUGGAGGAAACAACACGGUUGACGUUCCUAGUUACAUUGCUGCGUACAAAGUGAUGGCCAGCUGUCCUGUGAAAUGCCUCUCAUACAACGUUGAAGGUAUGGGCAUGAUCACUGGUACGGUCGAUGAUACUUUAAAGUAUCUUGUAAAUGGCUCCAUCAAUCAUUGUUUGCUUGAUGCCAGCAUGAGCGCCUUUGAAACUAUGAGCAUGGCUGAUAAAAUCAGUGGUAAAACCAGCUACAGAGUUGAAGCAUCUAGCCCACUUGGUCUGCAGACAUCGCUGUAUUAUUCAGCUCAAUCAGCUACCACAAGUGAUGAAGUCAUUGGAGAUGGGAACUUAGAUGGAUUCAUGAAAAUAGGAUGUCUUUAUGCCAACUCCACACUUAGCCAAUCCUACGUCUACAAUAUACCUAAAAGAGAAGGAAAAGGAGAAUCUACUAUGAAAUUUGACUCCACAGUCAUCCAGGGUCGAAAUAUGAUCAAGGGAUCAUAUGUCAAUGGAGAGCUCUCGCUUUUGUCCAAAACGAACGUGCAAAAUGAUGUCCUAAAGCAUGUGGUGGAGUUGAAGCACAAGAACGGCCAGUUAUCGUUGAAGUCAGAUGGCAGCGUAACGGCUCUUGGAAAAGUCCUUCGCUGUAAAGGUGAACUUGGUGUCACCCAAAGUAAACAAGCCAGUCUAAAUGUUGAAUGCCAAGCAGAUCGCGCUUACUCCCUUCUUACUGGAUCCCUAAAUGGCAAAGGCCUUGAAAUGAACAUUGAGGGUUCGCUCAAUUUCGAAGACGGGAGUGGUGCACACAAAGGUACAUUUACUUUUGGAAAAGAUGGUUUAACCACAAGUUGCACAACGACAGUUCACGGCAGCUCUUUAACUUUUGAGAAUAUCUUCAAUGGUGGCAUAGAUUCCAAUGGAGCCUCCAUGUCUCUUGUAUCAAAAGGAUCAGCCAAUGAUAACUCAUUUGAGGUCAGUACGGAGGGUAAGCUUUCACCCAAAGAGGCUAAUCUAACUAGUGUUUUCACAGGGAAUGCUUUCGAUGGAACUGCAAGAAAUGCAAUAAACCUGGGUAUCAAUAGACAAGGUCUGAGUCUCUCUAACACCAUGAUGGGUACUUUACGGAAUAUGAGAUCUGAGUGCACUAAUACCCUGACUAUAACCUUAUGGACCUUGGCUUUCCGCUCAAAAACGAACAAUUUUAUUUGUGAUGGAGCAUCCUACAACCACGACAUCAAGGUUAAUAUGAGGCCUUUUUUCACUUCAAUAAGUGCAGAUAAUGAACUUGAGAUGUUUGAUAUCGGACUCCAUAGUGACGGCCAAUUUAGGAUGGAGCCGUUUAAGAUAUAUGUGACUGGAAGCAUCAAUGGAAAGUACAGGGAAGAUAAUGUCAAGCACAGCUGUCAAUUGACAUACGCAGAUCUUGCUGGCACUAUCAAAUGUGAUACAACUGCAAAAGUUUGUGAUUUUCAUAUUAGUAACAAUUUUGAUAUGGAUUUUGCCGGAUUAUCCUCUGUUAUGAACCUCAAGACAGAAGUAAACUCUAAGGCUUUACGUCUUGAAAAUACUCUUCGCACAAUGGCUGUGCCAUUUAGCCUUACAGUUGAUGCAAUUUUGAACAGCGAAGGCUCAGUGAAGUUUUAUGGCAAGCACACUGGUCAACUCUAUAGCAAGUUCCUCUUGAAAGCCGAGCCUUUAGCCAUCGCCAAGUCUCAUGACUGGGGGGCUUCCAUUGUACAUGUGUUACCAAAUGGAAAGUCAGCCGAGACACAAAUAGAAAAUAAGUGUGAAUGCUUGCUGAUACCUAAUGAACAAUCGGUGAUGUGGAAGUUCAAAUCUAAGCUAAAUAAUCAUGCAUACAACCAAGAUGUCAGUAUAUACAACAAAGAAACUGAGAUGGGGAUCCAGCUAUCUGGAGUACUUCAAACAAAUCUUUUUAAUGCAGAAACAAAAUCUGGUGAUAUUCCAUUAGACAAUCAAAAGUUUAGUACGUCCGGAUUUCUCAAAUACGAUAAGAACAGUGACUGUCAUUCAAUCUACUUUCCAUUCAUUGAGAGCCUUCCCAUUGCCUUUGAAAAAAUGAAAAACGCAAUUCUUUUUCAGUUCGAGUCCCUUCAAAACUACCUCAACAGUAUUGAUAUCAAUGGUUUCAUCGGUCAGUUUAGGGCCAAUUUGGAUGAGCUUCCUAAAAAAGUAAAUGACAUCAUAGUUGACAUGGACCUAGAGAACAAAGUAAACAAUGUCAAGAACAAGCUGAUUUCCCUGAUACAUGACUACACAAUUACAAUAGAAGAUCUUGAAGCAUAUGCUGAGAAAUUCAAGGAAGCUUCUGGAAAAGAAAUUAUUGAUUUGGCAACCAAAAUUAGAGAUCUUGCGGUACAAAUCAAAGAUGGCAUCGAGAGUGGAUCAUGGGUCAACUUUGUGUCAAACAUGUUGAUGCAAAUUGAAGAUGAGCUUAAAGCUUUUGAUGACAAAUAUGAAAUAACCAAAACAAUUAUCCGAUUUAUUGAUGCUAUUGAAGAUAUAAUUAGACAAAUGGAUUUGCAAAAGCUGCAGGACAGCGCUGCUUGGUUGAAACAACUGGAGGCAACAUAUAUGAUUAAAGCCAAACUUCAAGAUAUACUUACUCAAGUAAAGAGUGCAGUUGAAGAAUUUGACAUCAAAAAGCUUCUUCAGGCCUUUAAAGACUAUUUAAUGUCGAUUGAUUUGACUCAGUAUGUACAGCAGCUGUCUGAACAAAUUCCUUAUGAAGACAUUGAGAAAGUGCUGGAUUCUAUGAAAGAUGUCAUUGUCAACUGGAUAGAGGAAUACGAAAUUCCUGAAAAAAUAAAUAGCGUUUACUUAAAUGCACAGGAGCUUAUUUUAAGGUAUGAAAUUGACAAAAAAAUUGAAGUUGUUGUGGACCAUGCGAUUAUAUUAGUCAAGCAAUACAGAAUCCAAGAGCUGGUACAGGCUGUUGUUGAUACUUUAAAAUCCAUCCCAUUUGAGUAUAUCUCAGACAAGGUUACGCAGCUCUUAGAAAGUAUUGUCAGUCUGUUAAAGAUUAUGGAUUUUAAUGAGAUUAUUGAUUACAUCAAUGAGUACAUUCAGUGGAUUGUUGAGACCUUAAGAACGUUCGACUACAACAGUUUUGUUGAUAAAGUAAAUGUAAAGAAUAAUGAAAUUGUAAAUUACAUUAAUAAGCAGAUUAAUGAAGUUUAUGAAAUCCCACAAAAAAUAGAGGCAUCCAGGGAGUUUCUAAAAGAGAUGCAAGUAACCGUUGUUGAUUACUUGGAGAAAUUGAAAAAUACAAGGAUAGCUGAGGUUUGCAGGAACAUUUUGGAAAUACUUGACACUACUGCAUAUAAAGACAUAAAACUGAAAGUCCAGGACAUUCUUGAGGAUGUAAGACAGAGAAUCAGUGAUAUGGACAUAAGAGAUGAAAUCUCGGUUUACUUAGAAAGGACAAGUGGUUUCUACGUUAACAUGAUUGAAUACAUCUUAACACAGUUCACAAACUUCAUUGAGGAAAUUAAGAAGAUGACUGAAGAUAAGGAAUUCCUCAAUCAGAUCACUCAAGCUGUGGAGGGAGUCCUCGAUGCUCUAAAGACGGCAGAAUUUGAAAUACCUCCUUUUACUCUUCCAUUCACAACUCUUGAGGUUCCUGGGUUUAAGAUUAAAAUGGCGAGGAUACAGGACAUUACAAUUCCAUCAGUGAUAACAAUACCAGAGUUCACAAUUUUGGAUUUAUUUAAUAUUCCUUCCAUCACAGUUGACUUUGAGAAAAUCAAGCAGCACAUUGUUGACCUCAUCGACAAAAUCCGCCAGAUAGAAAUUCCAGAAGUGGAUCCUGAGGCCAUCUUCGGGGACUUACGAGUUCUUUAUCUUUCUGACUUGCCUGAUUUAACAUUUGCAGAGAUUACUUUUACAGAGAUUAAAUUCCCUGAGGUCAUUGUACCGAAACUAAAUCUGGAGCGUUUUGAGAUCACCAUGUUGCCCAUUCCUGAAGUCAAGCUCCCUCAGGUUUCACUUGAACCAUGUUUACCAGCUUUUGGCAAGCUUUAUGGAGAACUUAAAUUAGAUUCUCCUUACUAUACACUGUUGACUUCAGCUGCUCUUGAGAAUACAACAAAAGCGCCCAAAUCUCCACAGUUUAAAGCCAGUUUUAACUCAGAGGGAAAGUCAAGCCUUGAACUCCUCAACUAUGUUUUGGAUGCAAUGCUUCAAAUUGAAGCUCCAAAAAUGAGAAAAAUGGUCAUUAGUGAGACACUGAAACUCAAUCACAUUGCCUUUGCUGUUGAUCAUGAAGGUUCUGUCAUCCUAAGUUCUUCUUCAGCAGAAGCAUCAGCCAAGACAUCUGCCAAAGCUACCACUCACAUAUACACAGCUGAAUUGAUAAACAAUAUAGCUGUUGCUCUAAAGAAUGGAAUAUCUGCUAAUAUAGACACAACCUACAACCAUAAUCUGAACAUCCCCAACAUAGAUUUCUCCAGUCAGGCUACAAUAACCAAAACAACAGAAGUUCGCAUUGAAUCUGGCACCAUAUCUGUGAAAUGUGGAACGGUGGGAACUGGAAAGUGGACUUUAUCAAUUCCCUCAAGACUUGCCGGGUCAGUCAACGACUACUCUGAUGAAAUUACACACAAGAGUAAUAUGGAGUUCAUUGUCAAUGCUGGCACAGCAAAGCUUAAUUUUGAUGGAGAUACACACAGCAGAGCCCUGAAAAUUAAGCAGUCGGUUAAUGCAGAGUCUGUCAUCCUGAGCCACAUCACAGUUGAUGCAACAUCUGAAGUAGAAACACCAUUUAUCAAAAGCAGCGUUCUGACGCUAAAAGGAAAUGCUCGACUGGAGGACAUCCGAAUGGAAAUGGAAAUAUCACAUAAUGCUGAGCACACUGGAAAAGUGAGUGGGACUAUAUCCAACUCAUGUGAGUUCUUGGCACAACCGUUUGAGGUAACACUCGAUUGCAAAAACAAAGGGAACGCCAAAGUCCUCUUGCCACUAAAACUAUCUGGAAAGAUUGAUCUUCAAGAUGAUUUUGGACUUAUUUUAAAUUCCAAUAAACAACAUGCUUUUUGGGUCAGUCUGGCUCGCUUUAACCAGUACAAAUACAAACACAACUUCACUAUGGAUAACGUAGAAAACGAAGCUGGAAUUUAUGCAUUUGUAGAUGGUGAAGCCAAUCUUGACUUCUUGACUGUUCCGCUCAGUGUUCCUGAGAUGACAAUCCCAUACACGGACAUGAAAACACCCCAAAUCAAAGACCUCUCGCUUUGGGAAGAUUUUGGCCUUAAAGACCUUCUGACUACACCUCAACAAUCAUUUGACAUUGAUUUUAAGCUCUCGUAUCAGAAAAACCCUGAAAAGCACACGUUUGAUCUAUACCUUGAGCCUAUCUACAAAGCCUUUAAUGAAAAUGUCAAGCUCUUGAGCUUGCAAUUCGAAUUUGGAAGAGACUACAUUUUUGAUGCCCUCACAAAUUCCUACAACAAAGCCAGAAUUCAGCUUAGAAAGCACAAAAUUGACACAUCAAACCAGCCACCAAGAUAUUUCAGAGUUCCUGGAUAUAGCAUACCCAUAUUGAACAUUGAGGUUUCGGCUUUCAGAGCCGAAUUGCCGGCAGUCAAUUAUUUCAUACCUAAAGAGGUCAGCACACCAAGUUUUAAAGUUCCUCUGAUGGGUUUUUCCGUGCCAUCAUACACUCUUGUACUUCCAUCUUUAGAGCUGCCGGUCUUGCAUGUUCCCCAGACACUGAGAGACUUGACUCUUCCCACAUUGACAAUACCAGACAUUCAAAAUAACAUCAUGAUACCUGCAUUUGGAAAUAUAACAUAUGAUUUCUCGAUGAAAUCUCCGGUAAUAACUUUGAACGCCAAUGGUGGCUUGUACAAUCAGUCUGACAUUGUGGCCAAGUUUGAUGUCUUGUCAACAUCUGUGUUUGAUGUCCUAAACUUCAAACUUGAUGGCAGUACCACCAUCAAUAAAAAGAGAUGUCUAAAGAUGGCCACAGCCCUCACCUUGGAACAUAGGAAUGCAAAAUGUAGUCAUGAAAGUACUGUCAGCUUCACCAAGAGGAAUAUGGAGGCGUCCUUAACAAACAUGGCUGCAAUUAACCUUUCAGUUUUUACAAUGGAUCUGAAUCAAGUACUUCGUGGGAAUUUGAAAUCUAAACCAAAUAUGGUCUCUGAGAUCAAACUUAGCUACAACUACGAUUUACCCCUAAUCAAGACACAAGGCUCUGGAAAAAUAGAUCACAAUGUUGCUCUUGAGGCAUUAUCAUCUUAUCUGUCUUUGGUGAACACUUGGAAAGGAUCAACAGAUUUAGAUAUAAUGGAGAGGGUAUAUUUUGCUGGAUCCUUAGACAAUGAAGCCACAUUUUAUCUGAAUGCCAAUGGGCUUCGUUCGACAUCGAAAACUGAUCUGACCUCUAAAGUCGACCAUCAAAAGGCUAACAUCUGGAAUGUAGACAUUACAGAGAACCUUGCCGUUGAGGCUUCUUUGCGGCGUAUUUAUGCCACUGCAUUUUAUACAAGCACCAAUGGAGCUAGUCUUGCAUCUUUUUCAACCAAUGGAAAGCAGAGUAUAAGGGCAACGCUUGAGUUUGUUCCAUUGACGACACUGUCAGCGAAUGUUGAUAUCGACAUAUCGCAGCCAAGUAACCUCGGUCAGGCAGGCGUAGUGCAUAACGCAGAUCUUUCUAUCACUUCAGACAAGCAAGGAUUGCACUGGAGUGGCAAGGAACAAUUGGCAACACUAAUCCAUUCCUACGAUCUGACACUGUCAAACGAUCAAUCUGAAAUACGUUUGGAAAUCUCAAAAUCCGUUGAGGGGCAUUUUGCGUUCUUGAAAUCUAUUAAAUUGCCAGUGUACCAAAAGAAUCUAUGGGACAUAUUGAAAUUUGGCGAAGUAACAAGUGCUGACCAAUUACAGUUCCUCAAUGCCUCGACUGCUUUGAUAUACACCAAGAGCAUGGAGGGAACGCUGUUUGCAUUGCCUGCAGAAGUAAUGGACAAUAGUGUCAUUUUUAAUAUCCCACAAAUAACACUUGGAGUUCCGGAUUGGUUUAAAAAGAUUCCACAAUUGAUUCGAGAGGUGGAUAUGCGAUUUGAAGAAGCUGAUCUGCCUGACUUCAUUUCAAUUCCACCGGUUGUAACAGUUCCAGAAUUUACAUUCCCUUUCACCACUCUCCAUGUGUCGACUUUUGUCGUUGAUUUGCAAAAUCUAAAAAUCCCUAACGAGAUCAGCACAACUGCCUUUGAUAUCAUGUUGCCUGGUUUACCAAAGGUGGCAAUCCCAGCCUUUAAUGCUAACACUAAAUAUCUGAAAGACAAAAUGACUCACCUGUUUGUGAAUUUGCCACAUUAUGACAUCACCAUUCCAUCAUUCACCCUUACCAAAACAUUUAACAUUGGCGAGUACACAAUAAAUUUGGACGAUAUCACAAGCAUAUUAUGUAAUUUUGAGAUGCCAACCAUUACCAUCCCUGAACAAAAAAUUGACGUCCCAGAGAUAUCACUUCACCUGCCAGCUGGUGUGUUUAUUCCAAGAUUUGGUGCCCUGUCGGCCACUGUGAAAGUUUCCUCUCCAAUUUAUAACAAUACAUGGACAGGAACUAUGGAAAACCAGGAGUCAGGAUUGGUUUGCACCUUGAAGUCCAACUGUAAAUCUACUAUGGUGUUGCUGGAAUAUGACUUGGAUGCAAUUGCCACCAUUCUUCUUGAGAAUGGAGCUAUAAGCCUUGAUGGAAAGUCUACCUUCACCCAUAGUGAUAUGAGUAUAAAAUGGAAACAUGAUCUGAAUCAGAAUCUAAGAAUGAAACGUGAUGUGACUUCAGCUUCAAGUGGCUCAAGACAUACUCUGGAUAUCGAUGUAAGAAGCCAGACCUUUGUUGAUGCAAGCUUUCGCUAUGCAUUGCAAAAUAAUGGUAUCACAUCCUCGAUAUCCUCACCAGCAGCUGGCUUUAUUGGCUUCCAGUUCACCAAGAGGUCACCAACUCAGUUUUAUGGGAAACUGUUCAGCAGAUAUUUGUCAUCUCCUGACAAGGAUACAGACCUGAUGAGUUUCAAGGUGACCUUGAAGAACUCUGAAAAGCUGAGCAUUCAGGUUGGCUAUUAUAUGAACGGACUGUCCGACAUGCUCAACGGCCUCAAAGACAGACUUCCUUCCAUCACAGCAGCACUUCAGAAGUUUCUCAAUAAGUAUCACGUCGAUCACUUCGGCUUGGAUCUGAACCGUGCCGCUAUAAAACUGAAGAACGCGUUCUCCAGCAGCAUCGACAGAGCUUACCAAGAGAUCCCUCGUUUGUUUGAUGCUCUGCAGAGCUCAGCCGAGCAGCUCAGACAACAGGGUAAAAAGAUGUUGAGAAGAAGCCAGGACAGCUUUCCACAGAUUGAUCUCCAGGACUUGAGCAAAAGGUUCUCCAGUAGAGUUAAUGAACACUUGCAAAACUUUGAGUCAAACGUGCAAAUUCUCUUGGAUGCCGUCAUGACGUUCUUGAGUAACACCAAAUUCCACCUGCCAGGGCUGGAAGAAAAGCUUACUGGGCAAGAGUUGUACCUUCGGAUGAAUAAGUCCAUUACAAAAGCAAUUAAUAGAGCUACCUCAAGGUUGAAUAGUCUCAUGGACACCAUUGCUGACACGGUUUCAGAUUUCUUGAAUAAAGUAGAAUUUACUUUUCCUGGCACCACCACAGUUAUUAGUGGCAAGCAGAUUUUGAAAAAUCUAAAGUCUGCCCUGAAAUCUACAAAGGAUCAGAUAAUGCAGGCGAGAAAACAAAUGGAGAAAGUGUUUCAGGACCUCUUAAACUCUUUUAAGGCUAACACUCAGAAGGCAGAAGAGUUCCUGAACUCUCUCAAGACUGAAAAACUGGAAGAGCUGUCCUCCCAAAUCGAAGGCAUUUACAAGAAGGCAGGGAACCUGCAAGUCAUGCAGAAGAUUCGCGAAUGGAUACGGGAUGCCAAAAAAGGUUUGUCUGAAGUGAAUGACUUCAGCAAAAGCAAAGUCCAGGAGCUGUAUAACGGAAUGACCAUGGAGAACCUGAACACACGUCUCAGUAAUCUUCUCAUGGCGUUAGAAACGUACACCAAUAGUCUUCUGAAGAACUAUCUUGAGUUAUUGAAGUCAGUGGCAUCAUAUACAGAGCCUUUUAUAAAGAUGUCAAACAAAAAGAUGGAUAUUGAUGUUCCUCUUCCAUUUUAUUGGAAAUCAUUUGGUGAAUGGCCCAGCAUGGCAUAA